CUCUGCUCUGAUUGGUCAGGAGGUACCGAACUGUACUGAGGGGGCGGGGCCUGUGGGUCGUGAACAGGAAAAGAAAGCGGGAGGACCUUCGAAAGCAGAACGAUGGCUGCAAUUCGCAAGAAGCUGGUGAUAGUUGGUGAUGGAGCAUGUGGAAAGACCUGUCUACUCAUCGUUUUUAGUAAGGACCAGUUUCCUGAGGUCUACGUCCCCACAGUGUUUGAGAAUUACGUCGCAGAUAUCGAGGUAGACGGUAAACAGGUGGAGCUGGCACUGUGGGACACGGCAGGACAGGAAGACUACGACAGACUGAGGCCACUCUCCUACCCCGAUACUGAUGUCAUCCUCAUGUGCUUCUCUAUUGACAGCCCUGACAGUCUGGAAAACAUUCCAGAGAAAUGGACACCAGAGGUGAAGCACUUCUGUCCCAACGUUCCCAUCAUCCUGGUGGGAAACAAAAAGGACCUUCGGAACGAUGAACACACACGGAGGGAGCUUGCCAAGAUGAAACAGGAGCCUGUUAAAGCAGAAGAGGGCAGAGACAUGGCCAAUCGCAUCAACGCCUCCGGUUAUCUGGAGUGUUCUGCCAAAACUAAAGACGGCGUGAGGGAAGUGUUUGAAAUGGCUACCAGGGCGGCGCUGCAGGCCAAGAAACGUAGCAAGAAGAACGUUUGUGCUCUCCUAUAAAGGAGGAUGAGGGAAUAACAAGGGAGUGGGGGAGGGAGGGACAGAAAUACAGGCCAUAGAAGUGAAGGAAGGGUGGAGAGAGAGAGAGAGAGAAACCUAGGGGUUAGAUAAACACCUGGGGGAAAGUCAUUUACUAAAGCAGGCCAAAGGACCCAAAGAGAGUGGGGUAACAAUGUAAAAGGGAUUGAGUCGUUUUCCCCCAUGACAUGCGCUGUUCCCAUAGCAACGUUCUUGAAUGUGAGCAGCCGUGUGCUUCCAUCAGCUGUCCAGGUGCAUGGAAUCAUGUGGUUUAAUUAAUUAAGGGAACUGGUCAUUUUACACACACACACACACACACUCUCUCUCUAGUGGUGUUUAACAUGAUACAGUGCUGUAGUCUCACACACUCUGAAGGGCACUCAGUGAUUUGGAGUGUAAGCGCUCCAGAGUAAAACGCAUUUAGCAGUAACAUUACUAACGCCUCACUUUUUAUACGCUCAAUUACGUACUGUAACAUUUUAAAAGCUGUUUCAGGUCGAUUAGAGCUCGGCACGGUAAACUGAGGACGACUCGGACCUGCAGCUCUCACUGUUCAGCUGUAAUGACGGCGCGUCUCAGAGUUUUAUAUUAUAUAUAUUUUUUUCUGGUGAUGUUAGGUUGUUUUUUUUUUUUUCUACUUCUUGUCUGUGCUGUGCUUUAACAGCUCUGUGACAUUCUGCUGGCUUUUCUGCAUCGCUUUCAUUUAAUCUAAAAUCAAAAAGAAGUUUUACGGUUUUAAGAAAACUUAGUUAAAAGUUGUUGUUUAAUGCCAGGCUAUAAAACACAAAUGAUUUCUUGAGGGAUUCUGCGUUUUCUUGUUGAUAUUGUUAUAAAAUUAAAAGCUUUUGAUACAGCAAUGAUCUUUUGUAUACAAAAGCAGAUGGAAAAUAAACUUUGUGUAACUCUGU